AUGCGGCAUCCAAGCAUGGUAAUCGCGAGACGGACACUGUUAGGCAUCGUCAUUCUCCUCCUGCUUUCAGGCGCUUUAGCUAAAGGAAUCGGUGUUGGCGGUGGGAAGGGGAAACGCAGUGGGAAUGGUAAUCCGGGCGGUGGAGGCAAGGGAGCAGGGAAGAGCAAGGGCGGCAAACUGUUUGGAUUCUUGGGCGGCCGGACCCGCGUUCUCGGCUCGGUGCAAGCGAAGCUACAAGGAAAAUUCGUGGUGGACGAUAUGGGCGCCAACGCGGGUGCUCGCAACGCGAUUGGCACACUGAAUUUGGUUUCACUCAGCAACGGAACCAUCACAUUCACAGCGCGUCUUGAGCUCGCCCAACCCGAGCUCCCGUCCUCCAUAUCCAUCAACACCGCCGCCAAGGGCGCCACGGGCGACGUCCUCAUCGACCUCUCAUCUGACGCCACAUGGCAGAACGUUACUGACAUGGUCAUUAUAGCGAAAAUGGCGAGGCCUGGUUUUGGUUUGGAGCGGCCGGAUCCGAAUCCGUAUGUGUAUGUUUUUAAAGGUUCGUGGAAAGAUGCAGCAGCCUUGACUACCACAGAUGGGUCGACUUAUGAAGAGGUGUUUGAUGAGAUAAGCAAGACGCCAGCGGCUUUCUAUGCGACUGUAGAGACUGAGAGAUUUAUUUACGGUGCUGCACGCGGGCAGUUUGCUAAGCCUAACCGUGGGUUGGGCAUCUUCAAAAAGGCCCGCAAUUGA